AUGGACAAGUUCCGGAUGAUCUUCCAGUUCCUGCAGUCCAACCAGGAGCCCUUCAUGAACGGCAUCUGCAGCAUCAUGGCCCGCAGCGCCCAGAUGUACUCCGCCUUCGACUUCAACUGCCCCUGCCUGCCGGGCUGCAACGUGGCCUACAGCGCCGGCAUUCUGCUGGCGCCACCACUGGUGCCCUUUCUGCUCGGUCUGGUCAUGAACAACAACGUGUCCAUGCCGGCUGAAGAGUGGAAGCAGCCACCGGGCCGCCGGGCCAAGGACCCCGCCGUGCUGCGCUACACGUUCUGCUCCAUGGCUCAGCGCGCCCUCAUCGCACCCGUCGUCUGGGUGGCCGUCACACUGCUGGAUGGCAAGUGCUUCCCCUGUGCCUUCUGCACUGCUGUGCCCGUGACCAUGCUGGGCAACGGCAGCCUGGCCCCCUGCCUGCCCCCGCCCGAGCUCGCCCGCCUGCUGGCCCGGGUGCCCUGCCCCGAGGUCUGUGACGGCGACUGGCUGCUGGCCCACGAGGUGGCCGUGCGCUACUUGCGCUGCAUCUCGCAGGCACUGGGCUGGUCCUUCGUGCUGCUGACCACACUGCUGGCAUUCGUCGUGCGCUCUGUGCGGCCCUGCUUCACUCAGGCCACCUUCCUCAAAAGCAAGUACUGGUCCCACUACAUCGACAUUGAGCACAAGCUCUUCGAUGAGACAUGCACGGAGCACGCAAAGGCCUUUGCCAAGGUCUGUAUCCAGCAGUUCUUCAAGGCCAUGAUCCAUGACCUGGAGCUGGGUCACGGCCAUGGGGCGUUGGCUGCAGUCCCUGCUGGCUCGGCUGCCCCCACUGCCACAGACGGUGCCAACGAGAAGAGGGAGAAGCUGCGCGGCAUCACCGAUCAAGGCACCACGAACAGGCUGCUCACGCGCUGGUACGAGUGCAAGCCGCCCCUGAGGCUGAGCCAGGAGGAGCCACUGGUGGGCAAUGGCUGGGCUGGGGGCGGGUCCUGGCCUUCACGCAAGGAGGUGGCCACCUACUUCAGCAAAGUGUGA